UAUGAACAACCUGAUUAUAUAUAUCAAUGUGCUGGUUAUUGGAGAGAAGAUUCUCGAUCAAUGAUGGUUACAUAUGAUCGUGAUGAUCCUUAUAAUAAUUAUAAAUGUUGGGUUUAUGAAAGAAGAGAUUUAACAACAAUAACAUUAUCAAGAUCGGCUGGUUCAGCUUGUGGUUUUAAUCAAACAUCUGAAAGUUAUAAAUCUGAAGAUGGUGCCGAUCUUGCUAUAACACUUACUGAAGCUGAAAGAAUUCAUGAUGAUUGUCCAAUUCGUUAUGAUGAUGGUCGAAAUGUAUUUAUUGAUUUAGAAGAAUUUCAUUUUUAUUAUGCCAAAUCAUCAAUUAUUCAUAUGAAAAAAUUAUUUCUUUUCUUUUUUAUUUUUAUUCCAUUCGUAUUGUUUAAUUAA